CAACGGGCGGCUCUAGAGCCGAAUUCCUCAUAGCACCGACGAACCAUUUUGCAAUGCGAUUUCGAUUACCAGGGCUGAUCACAAACUUCUGGCUUACUGCUGCUUUGUCUCUGGUUUGAUCCUUUUAUAUCCUUGCAACGGAGUAAAUCGCACCGUACGGUUGUGGCAUAAUAGCCGUUGAAGAAAACCCCUGUCGCUUCGCUACCUCCACCACCUUACCUCACCUUACCUGCUGGGCAUCGAACCGUGCCUUACCUUUCCGCCAAAGCCAGAUGUCCAUUCAACGGCGCAUAUGACGAGUGAUAAUGUAUCAUCUAGGGUUCUUCUGACCUUAAAAUCAUUAGAUUCAAUAUUUAAAUCAAGCGGCAAUCAACGACAAGCCGAAUCUCGACGCUAGCUUUGAAGAGAAGAGAUAUCCGGCUGGCAGCCUAAUCUACCGAGUGACGUACAGUCACAUCAGGCAGGCACGCGCCCGUCCUGCCCAUCAACGGACCUUCCCGGUACCUCCAUUUCACAUCAAAUCCACGAUCAUCGGGCCUCCAUUGCCCUCAGCUACGGCUGUCCAGCUCCGAGAAGUAAACUUUUUGGACUUGGGGGAACAGCUGCGGCAACAGACGGGUCCCGUUAUAGCCCGGGCGCAAACCGAGACCUCAACACCGCAGCCAUGGCUCAGACACCCAUGUUGUCCGUGCCGCUCAAGGCCACCAGCGAGAUCGAUUGGGUUGCGCCCUUGAAGCACUACAUACAGAAUACAUAUGGAGACGAUGCCGAGCGGUAUGCCGAGGAGUGCGCGACGCUUAACCGCCUGCGUCAGGACAUGAGGGGCGCCGGCAAGGACAGCACCGCUGGGAGGGAUCUUUUGUAUCGUUACUAUGGACAGUUGGAGCUGCUCGACCUCAGGUUUCCUGUCGACGAGCAGCACAUCAAGAUCUCAUUCACAUGGUUUGAUGCCUUCACACACAAGUCGACAUCACAACACUCGCUGGCCUUUGAGAAGGCCUCCAUCAUAUUUAACAUAUCGGCAGUACUGUCUUGCCACGCUGCCCACCAGGCCCGAUCCGAAGAGUCCGGCCUCAAGACUGCGUACCAUUCCUUCCAGGCGUCCGCUGGCAUGUUUACCUACAUAAAUGAAAACUUUUUGCAUGCGCCAUCCUCGGAUCUUAGUCGCGAUACUGUCAAGGCGUUGAUUUCCAUCAUGCUAGGACAGGCGCAGGAGGUCUUUCUUGAGAAACAGAUUACGGACCAGAAGAAAGUUGGCUUGUUGGCUAAGCUUGCUAGCCAGGCGUACUCGCUAUACUCUCAGGCGACAGAAGGGGUCCAGGAAAACGUCAACAAGGCAAUCUUUGAGAAAGUCUGGUUGACCUUUAUCCAGAUCAAAAGUUCGUUGAUGAAUGCCAUGGCGCAGUACUACCAGGCACUAGCAGACGAUGACGCAAACGCACAUGGCGUAGCCGUUGCGCGCCUGCAGGUUGCCGAGAGUGCAGCCAAGGCAGCCUGUCGACUUGCAGGUGGCUUUCCGAGCACUGUACCACCUAAUUCGAACCUUGGGAGUGAUACAGGACCACUGCUCUCUGAAAUUGCGAACCGACAGCUUUCCACCAUCCAGGACAAACUCAAGGAAUUGGCCAAGGACAAUGAUUACAUCUACCAUCAAACUGUGCCGGCGGAAGCUAGUUUGGCAGCUGUCCCUAAGCUUCCGGCCGCGAAGCCCAUUCCCGUUAGCGAGCUUUACGCGGGACAGGACAUCCAGCGGAUCACUGGGCCCGAUCUGUUUGCCAAGAUUGUGCCGUUCGCCGUGACAGAAUCUGCAAGCUUAUACGACGAAGAGAAAGCCAAGCUUGUGCGGGCGGAGACGGAGAGGGUUGAUCUAGCCAACAGUGAGAUGGCGGCCAGUUUGGACUAUUUGAAGCUACCAGGUGCACUCGAGGUGCUGAAGGGCGGUUUCGAUCAAGAUGUGUCUCCCGAUGAGGAUUUCCGGACUUGGUGUGUUGAUGUGGCCGACCACGAGGACCCGCAUGCCAUAUUCGAGGCGCUUUCCAGGGACAAGGAACAUAUCAAAGGGAUCUUGGAUCGUAGUUCCAAGCAGUUGGAUAUGGAGGCACAUGUGUGCGAGAAGAUGCGGUCCAAGUACCAAGCAGAUUGGACCCAGCAGCCAAGUUCAAGGCUGACCACCACAUUGACCGGGGACAUUCGGAACUACAGAGAGGCGCUCGAGGAAGCGGCCAAGAGCGACGCUCAACUCAUGGCAAAACUUCGUCAGAACUCUGCCGAGAUUGAGGCUAUGCGCACGGCAGCCCAACACGGGGAGAUCGAUGCCCUGUUCCAAAAGGCGUUGAGCCGGGGGCGGGGAAGCACAAGCAACACCAACAGCCCCGGUGGUGUCGAACAGAACCUGCUAGAUGCCGACUUUGAUGAUGGUAAACCAAGCGUGGUGGACCAAAUCAACAAGGUUGAAGAGAUACUGAAGAAGUUGAGCCAGCUGAAGAGGGAGAGGAAUCAUGUUUUGAAGGAUCUUAAGGAUAAGGCGCACAACGACGACAUCUCUCAAAUACUUAUCUUGAACAAAAAGUCAAUAGCAAACUACGAGCAACAGCUUUUCCAGUCGGAGCUUGAGAAGUUCAGGCCAAUGCAGACACGUUUAGUCCAGGCUGGUCAUAAACAGUCGGCACUUAUGAAGGAGUUGACGGCUACUUUCAACAGUCUUUUGCAGGACAAAAGGGUCAAGGCCGAACAGAGCAAAUACGAGUCGAUACAGCGGCAAAGGAGCGCUGUCAUCAACAAGUACAAGCGUGCAUACCAGGAGUUCUUGGAUCUCGAGGCGGGACUGCAGGGUGCAAAGACCUGGUACACGGAGAUGAGGGAGACGGUGGAGAGUUUGGAGAAGAACGUGGAGACUUUUGUUAACAACAGGCGGUCCGAGGGCGCACAACUGCUCAACCAAAUAGAACAAGAAAGGGCAGCAAACAAGAACUCGCACGCCGAGCUCGAACGCGAAAGGAUGAGGGAACUGAUGGAGCGCAUGAACGUCGAGGGUCAACAGACGCCCGCCUCACCGCCGAAACAAUCAACGGGUUCAAGCCGGCCCAUUCCGGCGCCGUUGUUCCCCUCGGGUGGUGCCCCGACAUAUCCUCAGAUGAAUUUCCAAGGACAGUAUCAGCUGCCUCGGUCACCACCCCCAGGACAAAGCAACAUGCCGCAGUCGUAUAUGCAGCCACAGUAUCCGCAGCAGCAACAGCAGAAUGCGCACAACCAGUACGCCACCUACAACCCGAGCGCGCAUGGGCGCAUGCCUGGUCCGGCUUCACCUGCCCCGACGCAGACGACCUUUGGGAUGAAUGCAAUGCGGCCGGGACCUACCUCUCCACCACCGAAUCAGACAAGCUUUGGAAUGAAUGCAAUGCGACAAGGCCCUGCUUCUCCGCCCCCAACUCAGACAUCCUUCCAACAGCCGCCAAGCCGACCAUUCAGCAACACUUACGGCAACCCGAACGCACCGCCUACGCCUAACCAGCAGCAGAGCUUUGGCGCAGGAGCCGGAUUUGUGCCUCCACCUCCACCAGGGCCACCGCCUUUGGGGCCACAACAAACGUAUCACGUUGGUGCCUCGGAUUACUAUAGCCAGCAACAACCGGGCAGCCGGCCACACUCUACCCAGAACACUCAGCAACAGCACCAUCAGCCGCCGCCGCAGCAGCAGCAGCAGCAGCAGGCAGCGGAUCCGUGGGCGGGACUUAAUGCUUGGAAAUGAUUUGCAGUACAUGCGCACGCUUGAAGGUUUGGAUCGCGGUCACUGGGAUGGUCGAAUGAGAACAUUAUGGGUGGGGCUGCAGUUUGUAUUGUGAAGGUUUACCAGAUACGGAUGAGGAGUUGUUAUUGGUACCUAGACAGGAUGGAUAAAUAUGAAAGAAAUAAGUAAGAACGGGCUGUCUGUCAGUAGAUUUGAAAGUGCUCAUGAUAGAAGAUAAGCCAAAAACCAUAGUUUGAUUUGUAUUGGACA